UUAAAAUGUCCGUGGGCUUGUGUGUGUAUUUUUGAUUAUUUUAUAUUUCUUUCACGGUUUCAUUUGCAUUGUGUAUGCGUUUUCAAUUGUGGCUAGUCUGAAAAAUUGUAAAAAUCCAACCUGGCAACCUUUGCGUUUGAGGAGGCGGAAUGUUCAUAUGGCAGCUGGUAACAUCUGGAUAUCUUUAUUAACGCUGUUCCUUACUUUGAAAAGUCCUCACGAGCUGAACUGUAGAUCCAGUAUGUCUUUCAUUAAAGUAGACGAAAACUCUGACUUUUCUUUCCACAACCUCCCUUACGGAGUUUUCUCAACCCUGGACAAUGCUCGGCGGAGAGUCGGAGUUGCUAUUGGAGAUCAGAUCCUGGACUUGAGCGUCAUUAAACAUCUCUUCACCGGACCAGAACUCUCUCAGCACCAGCAUGUGUUUAAUCAGCCUUCUCUGAAUGCGUUCAUGGCCCUGGGUUCGGGUGCAUGGAGAGAGACUCGCGCGCUCAUACAGACACUGCUGCGCGUGGACGUGCCGACACUGAAAGACAAUCACGACCUCAGGGGCAGAGCUUUUGUUGAUCAGAGCACGGCAAUGAUGCAUCUUCCUGCUGAGAUUGGUGAUUACACUGACUUCUACUCAUCCAGAGACCAUGCCACUAAUGUCGGGAUCAUGUUCCGGGGCAAAGAGAACGCACUGAUGCCAAACUGGUUAAGGCUGCCGGUUGGCUAUCAUGGAAGAGCUUCGUCUGUGGUUGUCUCAGGAACACCAAUCAGAAGACCUCAAGGCCAGAUGAGGCCAGACCCAGCCAAGCCUCCAGUGUUUGGGCCAUCAAAGCAGCUAGACAUUGAGCUGGAAAUGGCUUUCUUUGUGGGUCCUGGGAACAAACUGGGAGAGCCGAUUCCUAUAGAUAAAGCACAUGAACACAUCUUUGGUAUGGUGUUGAUGAACGACUGGAGUGCGAGAGAUAUCCAAGCAUGGGAGUAUGUGCCAUUAGGUCCUUUUCUGGGGAAAAACUUUGGGACCACCAUCUCACCCUGGGUCGUUCCUAUGGAGGCUCUGCUGCCCUUUGUGGAGCCAAACACAAUGCAGGACCCAGAGCCACUACCAUACCUUUGCCACCAGGACCCAUACACAUUCAACAUUAACCUCUUUGUUUCCAUUAAAGGUGAGGGCAUGAGUGAGGCAGCCACCAUCUGCAAGUCUAACUUUAAGUACAUGUACUGGACCAUGAAGCAGCAGUUAGCGCAUCACACGGUGAACGGCUGUAACGUCAGACCUGGAGACCUGCUGGCAUCAGGCACCAUAAGCGGACCGGAUCCGGCAAGUUUUGGCUCAAUGCUGGAACUUUCAUGGAGAGGGUCGAAGGUCAUUGAGCUGGGCGGAGGAGAGACGAGGACAUUCCUUAAGGACGGAGAUGAGGUCAUGCUCACAGGCUACUGUGAGGGUCAAGGAUACCGUGUUGGUUUCGGAUUAUGCCAGGGGAAGAUCAUUCCUGCCCUACAGCAGUGAUUUCACAUUUUUCUCCUUCCCUCCCAAAACCAGCUGGGAUCUUUACGCACCACAUAAUGCCUUAUCAGUCAUGUAUAAUUAUUCAUGACCUUUUCACUGGCAACUAAUGAAGUACAUGAAGCUGUUUUUAUUAGCUCAUUGGAGUUUCACUUAGCCAAAGUUCUUCUCUGGGCAGAAAGGAUUAUGAUUGAUGGUGUGUGACAGCCAGGGAAAUGGAAACAGAUUGGAUUAAGAGCAUUGACUUUUGUUUAAUUCUAAGAGCAUGACCAGAAGCAUUCCAUUUCUUUUUAGGGAAAAAAAUACUUAAGCAAAAUGUGAUAUUAAUGGAUUUUUGUUUAUUACAGCAAAAUUCAGAAAGGCAAAUUCAUAUCUAUGAACUAGUGUAAAAUUUAAUUAAGUUUUGAGUCUGUUAAAGUGUAUAGUAAUGUUUAUGACCUCCUGUGUCAUAGAUAGAAACACAAUUGCUUUCUUGUUUCAGGUGUGGACUUUUGCUUUAAUUAGUUCAGUAAGUAAUAAAUUAAAGGUCAAAGAGUUUGUUAUGGAAAACGGGAAAUGCGGUACAACCUAAUUUUUUCAACAUUUAACUCUAAAGAAAAAAAAAAUAAAAUCCAGUUUGCUUUAUAGCUAAAUAUUAUUCUGCAGGAUCUAACAGAAGGUUUUAUUUCUUGAGAGCAAUAACACACCGCAAUAACCUCAACUGCAAAUUAGGUAGAUGUCAAACAGCUUUCUUUUAAUAAUUAUUUGCUUUUUUCAGUUAGUCUAAUGUGUCUUUUAAAUCACAGUAUUGUGAGACAGUAUUAUAUUAUAGAUAUUAUAUUAUAAUAUUAUAGAUAUUAUAAUCUCCACACUCUCACUCUGUGAUCAGUAAAUUCAGUUCAUGCUCUUGACUGAUUAAUCAACCAGGUGGCAAAGAAUGCUAUAACGACUCGGCCUGUGUUUUGAAACAGGUAGUUGGUCAGACCUAUCUGGAUUUUUUCAGCAUGUCAGGAACACAAACACAUGCAAUAAAUAUUCCACAUUGUGCAACACAUUGGCUAAAAGUGCAUGUGCUCUCUUGGUUAUACCUUUUCUGCCUUUAGGAAAAGUUUGAUUAAGUAAAACUCCAGAGUUUUUCAAAAUAGUCUGUCAUGCGUACGUUCUUCAAAGAUUUACUUUUGCAAAAGAAUUACAUGUCUCUCAAUGUGAAGUCUAAUUGCCAAAGACAGUGUUUUGUUUAUUUCUUUUUGUUACGCACAAACUGGUAAUUAAAGUUACUGAUGCCUGUUAA